AUGACACGUAAUCUAUAUGCUGUUUUCUUGCAGAUGAUAAAACUAACUCCAGGUGUGUGGUACUGGAAAGAUGAUACUAACACACUUGAAUCUGCAAGAUCCAAUCCAGCAGCUGAGGAAAACCUUAAGGAAGGAAAAAAUAUUCACCAUUAAGAAGUGCGUGUCAAGACAUUAAAGAGCAUCUUCCAAGAUGAUUGCAGUGCUCCUGAAAAAGGACUGGCUGACAAAGAAGGGAAACUGCAUAGGCUGUCCCGAUGGAUACAACAUGAAUAUGUCACACUGGAUGAUGUCAAAUAUGCUGCUUUGCUUUUGAAAGUAAAGUUAAGUCACAUCAUGUUAUCAUUUGCAGCAGCUAUGAGAAAUGAGAAACUAGAUGAGUUCCUUACGGUCCUGCUCUUCUACCUGUCUUUUUAUCUGGAAAAAAUUGCCCUGGAAAAGAAAUGCAGAUCCUUGAUUUCGUGAGUACAAGACUUUAGGGGUAAUAGGUAAAUGGACGAUGUGUUGGUGAAGUUAGCAGUGGCCAGGAUUCACCUUGCCAAGGUGUACUGCAACCUUAUCCUCAGACGUGGCAUGGCACAGCAGUACCACAUGCCUAGUGGAAAGAGAAAAACAUCGUUGCAGAAAGAUCAGAGCUUCUUUGAGGGCUUCUACAACUUCUGCAGUUGUGUGGCUUGGCUUGUGUUCAGACGGAAGCCCUUCCAAGUGAUUCAGAAAGAAAUCGGCAGGCUUCUUGGCUCUGACAUGUUCAGCCCUGCCUUAAGAGACAAUGUUGACUUGCAGAAACCAGGAGACCAAACUACUGAUGCAAAUACGGUGCGAUUGCCAUAUCUGAGAAAAGUCCGUGCCAAGCAUCCUUCCAUCCACAGCAUGGUUCACCAGCGCUUGCUACUGCUCGGCAUGCUGCUGCCCUUACUGAAGGACAGUGCUCGAUACCUCUCCCAGAACCACCACUGUCAGCCUAGAGACCUUCAACCCUGCACAUGUGAUGCCCUGACGGACUUCUCAGAAUGGUUCACUACCAAGGUGGGCAUCACUGGAGCUCACUGUAGUGAAUUAAAAUCUUUUAGGAGCAUACCUGAUGGAAUGAUGGAGGAGGUGAAAGAGGAAGAACAAGGAAGAAUAAGGAAUGCUUUCUCCAGCCUGACAAAUGACCUCAGUUUGCCACCUCUGAGAAGCCCCCCAAAGAGGCUUAGUAGUCAGAGCACUCCACUCUCAAGAGCAGUGGCAGGUGACUGUAAUCAGAGUAACGAGCAGAAGUGGUAUCUGUGCUGA